AUGACUGAGAAGAAGGUCGCCCUGAGUAGUAUUUCUCUCAUCUUUGCCUGUGGAACGGCUCUGUUUUCUGAUGGCAAGCAGUACAACAUCUGUUAUGCCAACAAUGUCAUUGGUGCUGUCAACACUCUUCUGGAACGCAUAUACGGCACUGGUUCCGGCGGCAUCACUACAAACUACAGCACCACACUCUCUAGUGUCGCCUUCGCAGGCACCGUGGUGGGUAUGCUCACCUUUGGCUAUCUCUCCGACAAAGCUGGGCGCAAAUUUGGUAUGAUGUCCGCAACUGGGAUCGUUGCAAUAUUUUCUGGUCUCUCAGCUGCUUCGUCUGGUGCUAAUCACAGCCUCCAUGGAAUGCUUGCUAUGCUUAUUGCAUGCCGCUUCCUUCUUGGAAUUGGCGUCGGCGCUGAAUACCCUUGCGGCUCCGUGGCUGCAUCUGAACAGUCGGAAGAAGAGGGCAUUGCUAAGAACUCGCAACACCGAUGGCUGGUGCUUGCAACGAACACUAUGAUCGAUGCCGGUUUUGUUAUUGGAGCAUUCGUACCAUUAGUACUUUACUGGAUAUUCGGGGACAACCACCUUCGUGCCGUCUGGCGCCUCUCGCUUGGGCUUGGUGUAGUUCCUGCUGUUGCUGUCUUCUUUUGGCGGCUGCGCAUGGAGGAACCUAAUCGCUACAAGCGCGAUUCAAUGAAACAUGUCCGUAUCCCAUACAGACUAAUCAUUAAAAGAUACUGGCGUGGCCUGUUUGGCAUCUCGCUAGUAUGGUUCAUCUAUGACUUCAUCACUUGCUCACAUACCUCCAGAUACCCAUUCGGACUUUAUUCAUCCACAGUCACCAACGCCGUUACCGGCGGCAAUUCAUCCCUCACCGUUGUCUUUGGUUGGUCUGUUGUGAUCAACUUGUUCUACAUCCCAGGCACCGUUGUGGGCGCCUUCUUCGUUGAUCUUUUGGGUCCAAAGGUCACUAUAAUCACUGGCCUUCUCGCGCAAGCGGUCAUUGGAUUUAUCAUGAGUGGCCUUUAUACCCAACUGUCACAACACAUUGGCGCUUUUGCUGUGGUGUACGGCAUCUUCCUGAGCUUCGGCGAGUUUGGUCCCGGAAACUGCCUUGGUGUAUUGGGUGCAAAGUCCGGACCUACUGCUGUGCGUGGCCAGUAUUACGGUUUUGCAGCUGCUGUUGGAAAAAUCGGCGCAUUUAUUGGAACUUGGGUGUUCCCUAUCAUAGUCAAGGAUUUUGGUGGCUCAAGUUCAGCUAAAGGGAACACUGGCCCCUUCUGGGUUGGCAGCGGUCUUGCCAUCCUGAGCGCAAUCGUUGUUUACUUUUUUGUGACACCCUUGGACCAUGAUGGUAUGAAGGAAGAGGAUGCGAAGUUCCGGGAAUACCUCGAAGCGCACGGUUUCGAUGUCUCACUUAUGGGUCUUCCCGAAAUUGAAACCGUGUCAUAUGCGGAAGGCCAAGAGAUAAGUUCAGCAAUCAAGGACACAGACUCAGAGACCAAAGUUUAG